AGUGCUGAUGAGCGGCUCUGGCCUGGUUUAUUAUUUUUAUUGUUGAUUUUUUUCAUGCUGAGUUUUGUCUAGUUAAUAUCAGGGUGGGUUUGACUUUCUGAGCGUCAUUUCUUCACAUGGAUUCAUCGUUAUUUAUUACAGAUGAUCUUAAUUAAGUUGAGCUGCAGUGGUUUCUGUCUUCCUGUUCAUCAGUGCUUCUCUCGACAGCUGCAGUCGCUCAGGAUUCCUAAUUAAAGAUUAAACAUGAACUGAAGCACAUUUAAUCAGACGGCGCGUAUGCUUCAGAACAUCCAGCGCUGAAGGUGAUGUUUAAUCUCUUUGUUUUUCACUAAUAGAACAGACAGAAGAAACUUUAGAAACCUCAUGUUUUGUUGUAGUUUAGAGAUCUAGCUGAAGGUAGUUAGAGUUGAAGAUGAAGCUGAUGUUUGAGAUGAUGGCGUCUCUGACACACACACGACAAAAUGGAGAACAGACUCAUCAGCAGCAGAUUCACCUCUUUAUUUACAGGCAAGAGACGAGAGAGCGAAGGAUUAUUAAUAAUAAUAAUAAUACUAUCUGACUGAGAGGAGUGAGCGAGAUGGACAGACGUGUGUUUGUGUUGUUCUGUCUGCUGAUGGCUGUGAGAUCACAAGAACCUUCGAAGCCAGUGAUCACGGUUGACACAGGAAGCAUGGAUCUGAAAUGUGAUGGUGGUACAUUUUCUGCUGAUAUAACUACAAUAAAGAUGAAUUAUGAAUCAUCUGGACUCCACACAUGUACAUCGAAUACGUGUUCUGAAGAUGAUGUUGGAAACUGUCUCACAGAGACAAUAAAAAUAAAGAUCCUGAAUGCUGAGAAUCUGGUAUGGGCCUUUUACAGCAUCUGCACUCAACCCAAAGCCAGAGGCAGCUAUCAGGGGAAUAAAGCCUCUGACAGAGUGAAUCUGAUAGAAAAUCCCAGUCGGUCCGGAGGAGACACAUAUCAGCGUCUGAACACGCGUACGGACGAGUACAGCUCUCUACAGCCGCAGCGCAAACACAAGAACAAGCAGUCCGUCUGACCCUGAAGACACCCGUUUCAUCUUUACAUCUCGCAUUCAUUCCUGAAUCUCUUUAUUUGAUUUCACGUUCCUGUAAAAGUAAGCAUUCGUGGCUUGUGUUGAUGCUUUAAAUAAAUAAAGUCUGUCUUUACUCUUA